AUGGAUUGCGAAAAUUUAAGCUGUGUUGCAGGGAUUGAUACUCAUGAAGUAGUGAUUGCGAAGCUUCCCAAACUGAUUAAUUUAAAUCGGUUCGACGUUAGCUCUGUUGAAAGGCAAUCAGCAGAAGUCAGAUUUCUCGACAAAUAUUUUGCUGCUGAGAAUGCUGUCAAGGCCGACCAUUUAGUGGAUAUUGAGAGGCUUACAAAGGCAUGUUUUGCAACCUUUUUGCUUGGGCUGAGUCUCAGAUCUGUAUUGCAGAUUCAUGGAACAGGUGCUGCUGUAGAGAAAAGUUGUGGACUUAAGGUUUUGUCGCUAGCAGUGUGUUUUGGAGAGAAGACUGUGACUAGACGUCUGCCACUCGCGAUAACGGUGCAAAAAUUGGCCGAAAUGGUUGGAAGAGUAUUUUCGAUGGACAUAACAAAUGUUAAAAUGCAGCUUGAUAAAGGGAGCUAUCAAGUGGAACUUGAUAAUCCUAUGCGACCUCUCGACUUCUAUUCGCCUGAACCGAAUGAUGUUCUCCGCAUGAUGCCUAUUUAA